AGCCCAAAUGAAGUAGAUGAAAAAAGUGGAGAAAUUCCACCGCUGUCGUUCUCACGAGAGUAGGGUUUAAGAGCAAAAAAAGCACCCUCAAAUAAGAAAUUUGACUAAGUUGAGAAGGGGGAUUUGGAGAAAAACAAAAUGCCACUUUAUGAUUGCAUGCUUCUGUUGAAACCCAAUGUGAGCAGAGAGGCCAUGAUUGAUCUUCUUGCACGCGUAGGAAAGCACAUCUACAGAAGAAAUGGAGUGGUGACUGAAAUGAGGUCCUUUGGAGAGGUUCAUUUGGGUUAUGGCAUAAAGAAACUUGACGGACGAUACUAUCAAGGUCAACUAAUGCAGAUGACGACAAUGGCCCCACCAAGUCUCAACAGCGAGCUGCACUACCUAAAUAAGGAGGACCGUUUACUGCGCUGGAUCUUGGUAAAACACCGUGACAUAAAAUUGGUAGAGAAUAAUGAUGCUGAAAGUGAGAUGAGGAGUUUGAGAAGCAAUUUGUUUAACGAUGAUGCUAGCACUGAGGAGGAGGAUGAGGAUUCUGAUGAGGACCAAUCUGAAAUAAUGCAUCAUCAAGAAUGAUAAAAAGGGUAAAGCAUGUCUUUUCUUAAUGUUGCCAUUUCAGGUAAAUCUAAAUUUGAAUGUGAGAAUGAAUUGGGUGAAACAAUAUGUGAUUCGGGUUCGGCUAGAUAGAAACUAGAAACCCGUUCUCUAUAUAAAGAUCGUAAUUUUCUAAGAGAUAAAAUUAUGGUAUGGCAAUUAUCUAUUCUUGUUCUUGCCUUUGCUGACAUUUGUAACUUUGUUAUAUCAAAUGAUUGUUAUCUUGUUUUUCGCGUGUGUUUUUUGCUGUUCUCUUCCUUGUCUUUUUUUCUGUGUGCCAUUAGAGCUCAUGAGUCGAUUGUUGGUUUAAGGUUGUUAUGUAGUAGUUGAAGAAAAUGUAGAGAGGAAUAAUCAUACAUGUUUGACAUGUCAAAGCCCUUGUGUUAUUAUUACCUUGUUUGGUUAAUCUGAUAAUGGGAGUCACAUGAGGG